AUGAUGUUCCCCAGCCUCAUCGCCCCGCCGGCCGUCUACCCCAGCCUCCUCCGGCCGACCCCCACCCUCACCUUGCCUCAGUCGCUGCAGUCAGCUUUUUCCAGCCAUUCCAGCUUCCUGGUGGAAGAUUUGAUCCGGAUCAGCAGGCCCACCAGUUACUUGCCCAGGACUGCCCCCCAGCCCAGCAUGUCCCCCCCAACCUCGGCGGCCAGGACGGACUCGGGAACGCCGGAGCUCACCAGCUCCACCACCGCCGCCGGUUCCAGGAGGAUCUGUUCGCCACAGACUUCCAGCAACGACUCCACUUUCCUGAAGUUUGGAGUCAACGCCAUCCUCUCCUCCGCCCCCCGCUCCGAAACUUCCCCUGCGUUACUUCAGAGCGUUCCUCCAAAGACUUUCUCCUUUCCGUACUUUGAAGGAUCCUUCCAGCCCUUUAUCAGAUCUUCCUAUUUCCCAGCUGCCUCUGCCGUGGUCCCCAUCCCUGGCACCUUCUCCUGGCCGCUGGCUGCCCGUGGCAAGCCGCGCCGGGGCAUGCUGCGUCGCGCUGUCUUCUCUGACGUGCAGCGGAAGGCACUGGAGAAGAUGUUCCAGAAGCAGAAGUACAUCAGCAAACCCGAUAGGAAGAAGUUGGCAGCCAAGCUGGGCCUCAAGGACUCACAGGUGAAGAUCUGGUUCCAGAACAGGAGGAUGAAGUGGAGGAACUCCAAAGAAAGAGAGCUGCUCUCUUCUGGUGGCUGCAGAGAACAGACCCUACCCACCAAGUUCAACCCUCACCCAGAUCUCAGUGAUGUAGGCAAAAAAUGUUCAGGGGAGGAGGAAGAAGAAAUUCCCUCUGUGUGCCCACCCAGCCCCCAGCAUCCAUUAACCUACCACCAGUCCCCAGACCAUCUACACUUGAGGGACAGACUGGACUCCCAGAGGUCUCCUUCUCCGUCCCAUUCUAGCAGCCCCAGCAAACCUUCAGAUUUCUCAGACUCAGAGGAAGAGGAUGAUGAAGGGGAAGAGGAAGAGGAGGAGAUCACAGUCUCUUAG